AUGGCGUCUAAAGGGAUGUUGUCAAAUUUGCCACCACCUCCCCAAGAAAUCCCCCAAAAUGUGGUUCCCAUGCAAGUUGAACCAGGGAAAGGUUGCGGAUCACUUAGCGAGAGAUUAAGGCCAAAUUUUAACCAGAUGAACGGACCUCGUCCAGGGGUCAAGGGAAAGAAGAUACUUCUGCUGACAAAUCAUUUUAGAGUACGCUUUCAAGUCACCCGAAGGAAUUUGAUUAGAAAAGUGAUUCAAAAACUCUGGGAGAUAUACAGCUUAGAGUUAGGAGAGCAAGCAUUUGCUACUGACGGGCAACAGAGCCUUUUCACCGCUUGUCCUCUACCAAAGAAGAAGCUAGAGUUCACAGUUGUGCUUGAUGUUGCAACCAAUAAGACAGAUGGCAACCUUAGUGGCAAUGGAGACUUCAGCGAGGGUGAUCAACAGAGGCAGAAGACCAUAUCCGGAUUCAAGACUUUCAAAGUACAGAUAACAUUUGUUUCCAUCAUCCCAUUUCAGUCGAUGCUUGAUGCACCAAAUGGAGUAAAAUCAGGAAAUAAUGAAGUUCUGAGAGCAUUAGACACCAUUUUGCAACAUUUUAAUGCAAAGAGGAAUUGCCUUCUGCUCCGCCAAUCAUAUUUCCCCAACGAGAUAAGGAACUUCAUGGACUUGACUGGUGGUAUCCUUGGAUGCCGAGGUUUCCAUUUGAGUUUCCAAUUUGUCCAAGGUGGAUUAUUUUUUAAUCUUGAUGUAUCUACUACAACAAUUAUACAACCAGGUCCACUAGUUAACUUUCUAAUGGCCAACCAAAAUGUGGAUAAUCCCUUCAAAAUCGACUGGACUAAGGCAACGGGAAUCUUAAAGAAUCUCCGAAUUAAGCUAUCACACUCCAAUAGAGAACACAAAGUCGCUGGACUUAGUGACAGGCCUUGCAAAGAGUUGAAGUUUCUUCUGAGACUGAAGGGAUCCCAUGAUCAAAAUGACAAUGUCCAGACUGUUGAGUUGACAGUUUAUGAUUAUUUUAUUAGGAGACGCGGAAUAGAGCUCAGUUAUUCAUCAAACUUGCCAUGCAUCAACGUGGGGAGUCAGCAUCGUCCCCAGUUCAUUCCUAUUGAGCUCUGCUCUUUGGUCUCCUUACAACGAUACAAAGAGGAAUUAUCCAUAUACCAACGAUCCUUGCUACUGAAGAAGUUGAGCCAAAAACGGAUGGAAAUCAUCAACGAUCUUAAUGAGGAACUUAAAACCAACAAUUAUGACACAGACCCCAUGCUACGAGCUUGUGGGAUCUCAAUUAAUAAAUCAUUUACUCAAGUAGGAGGACGUAUUUUAUCUCCACCACUGUUGAGGGUGGGAAACAAGGUAGGUCUUGUUCCUAAAAGGUCUCGUUGGAAUUUUAAUGACAAGAAGUUUGCAGAGCCAAAAGGCAUUGAAUUCUGGGUUGUGGUUAACUUCUCUACUGGGUUUGACAUUCGUUCUUCAUACACCGAGCUGGCAAAAUUGGGUGCAAUGAAGGGAAUGCACAUUCGGCCCCCAGCAUUUGUUUUUGAAGAGAAUCCUAAGCAUAAAAAGAAACCGGGCUCUGUUCGAGUGGACCUGAUGUUUGAACAAAUAAUUUCAAAAUUUUGCAAGGAUCCUCCUCGAUUCAUUCUCUGCUUUCUUCCUACGAAGUUUUCUGCUUUAUAUGGUCCGUGGAAGAAAAAGUGCCUUGUGGACUUUGGAAUACGUCACCAAUGCAUUGCAAUGAACAGAGUUGACGAAGCUUAUCUUGCUAAUGUUAUCUUAAAAAUGAAUGCAAGACUUGGUGGUAUAAAUUUUAUGCUAUCAGCUGAAGUUUCACAGACCAUACCCCUGGUUUCUAAAGUUCCUACAUUGAUCUUAGGCAUGGAUGUUAGACAUGCUGCUUCUGCACGGUCAGAUUUACCCUCCGUUGCUGCAGUGGUCGGUUCUAGACAGUGGCCAAUGAUUUCUUUUUAUGCAGCAUCUAUUCGUGUCCAACCUCCUAAGACUGAAACUAUACAUUCACUCUUUAAACCAGUUUCAGAAGGGGAGGACACGGGCAUAAUCAGGGAGCUGCUGAUGGAUUUUUAUGCAAGUUCAGGGAAGAGGAAGCCUGCUCAAAUUAUUAUAUUCAGGCAAGGUUUAUGUGAAAGUCAAUUCAAGCAAAUUAUUAACGAAGUGGAGGAAAUUAUUAAGGCCUGUAAGUUCCUGGAUGAGACUUGGUCUCCUAAGUUCACUCUAAUUAUUGCACAAAGAAGACACCACACAAAGUUGUUCCAACCUGAUUCCAGUGAAAAUAUUCCUCCUGGCACAGUCGUUGAUACUAAAAUUUGUCACCCGCUGUAUAACAACAACUUCUACAUGUGUGCACAUGCAGCAAGAGUUGGGACUAGCAGGCCUAGUCACUACUUUGUUUUGCUGGAUGAGAUUGGCUUCUCGUCGGAUGAUGCACAAGAACUAGUCCAUUGUUUAUGCUACGUGUCUCAGAGAUGCACCAGUGCUAUAUAUGAAGUGGCUCCGAUUCGUUAUGCUCGUUUGGCUGCGGCUCAGAUGUUAGAAAUUAUGAAGACUGAGGGGCCUCAACUGCCAAAGUUGCACAAAAAUAUCAGGGACACAAUGUUCUUCUGCUGA